AUGAGCGCAAUUGUGGGCGCAGCCACGGCGAUAGGUGGCGCAGUGACAGCCGCUACCAGCAAUAGCUGGUUUAUACCGAUGUUGGUGGCCGCUAUUGCCUACUUUCAGUACGAAGAGAUUAUGGAUCCAGAAUCUCGGGCAGAAGAUUUGUCCACCGAUGACAUAUUGGAACGAUAUGAUUUUAUAGUGAUAGGGGCGGGCUCAGCGGGUGCAGUUGUGGCUAAUCGACUGACAGAGGUGGAAAAUUGGAAUGUACUGUUGUUGGAGGCUGGCGGCGAUGAGACUGAAAUAUCGGAUGUGCCACUCAUGGCGGGCUAUCUACAGUUGAGCAAAAUGGAUUGGAAAUAUAAGACGGAACCGUCAGGCAAAUUCUGUUUGGCCAUGAACAAUGGACGUUGUAACUGGCCACGCGGUAAGGUGCUCGGCGGCUCAAGUGUGCUAAACUAUAUGUUGUAUUUACGCGGCAGUAAAAUCGACUAUGAUAAUUGGGAGGCCGCCGGCAAUCCGGGUUGGGGUUAUCGCGAUGCUUUGUACUAUUUCAAAAAAUCUGAGGAUAACACAAACCCAUAUUUAUCCAGUACACCUUAUCACUCCACUGGCGGCUAUCUGACAGUCGGUGAGGCGCCUUAUCACACACCGUUAGCGGCAAGCUUCGUUGAAGCGGGAGUUGAAAUGGGCUACGAUAACCGCGAUCUGAAUGGCGAGAAACAAGCUGGGUUUAUGAUCGCGCAAGGCACAACGCGACGUGGUAGUCGCUGCAGCAGCGCGAAAGCUUUUCUGCGGCCGGCUCGUUUGCGUCCUAAUCUGCACAUAUCUAUGCACUCGCAUGUUACACGUAUAAUGAUCGACCCAGUGACGAAAUUGGCUUUCGGUGUUGAAUUUGUAAAGAAUCAACGCAUAUAUCGUAUACGCGCGACAAAAGAGGUCAUUCUCUCGGGUGGCUCGGUCAAUUCGCCACAAUUAUUGAUGUUAUCCGGAAUUGGACCGCGCAAAGAGCUAGCUAAACAUCGUAUACCGGUUAUCAAAGAGCUCAACGUUGGCGAGAAUAUGCAAGAUCACAUUGGCUUAGGCGGUCUCACGUUUCUGGUUAAUCAACCGGUUUCUAUUGUGGAGAGUCGCUUCCACUCCAUGUCGACAGUGCUGCAGUACGCUGUUUUCGGACAAGGUCCACUCACAAUACUUGGCGGCGUUGAGGGACUCGCUUUCGUGAAUACAAAAUAUGCGAAUACUUCGCUGGAUUGGCCCGAUAUUGAAUUUCAUUUUGUUUCCGGUUCUACGAAUUCAGAUGGCGGUUCUCAGUUGCGAAAAGCACAUGGACUUACAGAUGCCUUCUAUCGAGCAGUAUUCGAGAAGAUUAACAAUCGCGAUGCCUGGAGCAUAAUACCGAUGUUGUUGCGUCCUCGCAGUAUUGGCUCGAUUAAGUUGCGCAGCAAUAAUCCAUUCGAUUAUCCGUAUAUUUACCCGAACUAUUUAAGUGACGAACUCGAUACAAAGACACUGAUUGAGGGCGCCAAGAUCGCUGUAGCGCUUUCUCGCACGAAAGCUAUGCAACGCUUCGGCUCACGCAUCUCAUCUAUCAAAUGGCCUGGCUGUCAGCAUCUGCAGAUGUUCACCGAUCCCUACUGGGAGUGUAUGAUACGUCAUUACACCGUGACGAUCUAUCAUCCGGUGGGCACAUGCAAAAUGGGUCCCUAUUGGGAUCCCGAAGCGGUGGUCGAUCCGCAAUUACGUGUGUAUGGCAUACGCGGCCUGCGUGUGAUAGACGCGAGUAUUAUGCCCAAGUUGGUGAGCGCUAAUACAAAUGCACCGGUGAUAAUGAUCGCGGAGAAGGGUUCAGACAUGAUCAAGGAGUUCUGGAUAAAGAACACGAUAAUCUAGUUAUGCGGUUUGCGGCGGUUGGGUUCGGGUCCACGCUGCUAGGUGGGGUAUAUACUUUCUUCAGUUUUAUGCUUGGAAAAACUUAGAAAUUUUGUUAUUUAUUUAUUUUUUUGUAUUUAAUCCAAAACAGCAGAGUUUAUGUGUCAUGUAAAUAGAAAUUAAGGAAAUGCGAAUUUUUAAAGUAUACAAAAUAUAAUCUGUAAUGUGUGUAUGAUCGAAAAAAUAUAUACUUUUUAAAACAUACUUAAAAAGCAAUUUUAAAAGCAGGCUGCAAUUGCUCAAUGCGCCCUAUCAACCACUCCAAAUUAUUAGGAAAGACCAUUAUAAAAAUGAAUAUAUCUAUAUAUUAUUGAAAAUUUUAAGUUAAAUGGUUAUGGCAUUGAAAGCAGAGUUUGAAGUGGGCCUGAAUUUUAGCAGUUCAAUUAUAUUUAUUGAUGAUGCGGAAACGAGAGCCUUUUUCGAAAUUAGAUCGAAAUUAGAACGUUGAAAACUCUGUUUUUUACAUUUUACAUAUUUCAGGAUUAAGAUUUGUAAGAACACAAUAAUUAAUGGUCUAACUUCAGGGCAUUUACUGGACAAUACUUUUGCGAAAUAUUUGGGAAAAUUAUUUAUAUCAAAAUCCACCUAAAAUCAGUAUAGGAAAGAUUCUUUGUUGAGUACUCAUACUUUUCAGAGCUUGUGACAUAUUUAUAUUUUUUUAAACGAUAAUUUUUUAAUAAGUUAAUGUGAUGGCAUUGUUCUCGCUGUGCCUAUGUGAUUAAAUGCUAUAUUUCAGAUCCUAAAAGUCUUCAAAAUAAGUGAAGAGAAUAAAUUACGAGUUUUGAUCCAAAAAUUACUAAGCGAAAGCGAUUAUUUAUUGUUGCUGUCAUCAGUUCUAGAA